AUACGAGAUCUGAAGGCCAAAUCGAUUUCCAGCGGGCUCACAAUGAUUGUCACCAUUCUUGGAGCGAAUUCAUUGCUUGGGCAACAUCUCGUCCAGUACAUCCAGCGUUCUUCUGACACAUCGGUGGAACUGAACACAUGGACAUAUUCCGGCAAAUUUGAGCCUAGACUAUCUGGCAUUGAACUGUCGUCCAUAAACCACUCCAGCGGAAUGGAGGCUCUUCAAAAUGUGGUACAGCGAUCUGAUAUUGUGUUCAAUCUACAUGAAGUGCAGGAUUUGAGUCUUCUACCUGACAAAGAACGCCUAUGGCUUCACAAUGUUGGCUUUGUCAAAACGGUACUGUCUUCAAUCCGAUGCCCUCUCAUACAUCUGUCCUCUGUGUUUCUACAAUGUUCAUCUCGUUGGCCAAAUGUCUUCGAAGGGGAAGCCGAUCCUAUCAAAUAUAUGGACCAAUGGCCAUUUUGGGACUAUUGCAAGUCCAAGUAUGAUGCCGAGGAGCUGAUUCUCAGUGCGCCGGUUCAUGCCUAUGUAAUGCGUUGUGUUCCUGCUUAUGGUGAAGGAGACAAAUGUUCGGUACUAACAGACCUUAUCAAAUUUGCCAGCAACGGCGAUAUCGUCUCCGUCGGGGACUCUGAUGGGACGUUUGAGAUGGCUUAUGCUGGGAAUUCGGCAGAAGGUUUAUGGAAUGCUGCAUUGCAUUUGUUAUCGUACGUGGAGAUUCGGAGUAAAUAUCAGAGUUCCAUAAUUUUGUUCUAA